GUUGGAGGAUUUAACUGUGAGAAGAAUUCCCAGCCCUGGCAAGUGGCUGUGUACCGCUUCACCAAAUAUCAAUGUGGGGGUAUCCUGCUGAACGCCAACUGGGUUCUCACAGCUGCCCACUGCCAUAAUGACAAGUACCAGGUGUGGCUGGGCAAAAACAACUUUUUGGAGGAUGAACCCUCUGCCCAACACCGGCUUGUCAGCAAAGCCAUCCCUCACCCUGACUUCAACAUGAGCCUCCUGAAUGAGCACACCCCACAACCUGAGGAUGACUACAGCAAUGACCUGAUGCUGCUCCGCCUCAAAAAGCCUGCUGACAUCACAGAUGUUGUGAAGCCCAUCGACCUGCCCACUGAGGAGCCCAAGCUGGGGAGCACAUGCCUAGCCUCAGGCUGGGGCAGCAUUACACCCGUCAAAUAUGAAUACCCAGAUGAGCUCCAGUGUGUGAACCUCAAGCUCCUGCCUAAUGAGGACUGUGCCAAAGCCCACAUAGAGAAGGUGACAGAUGACAUGUUGUGUGCAGGAGAUAUGGAUGGAGGCAAAGACACUUGUGCGGGUGACUCAGGAGGCCCACUGAUCUGUGAUGGUGUUCUCCAAGGUAUCACAUCAUGGGGCCCUAGCCCUUGCGGUAAACCCAAUGUGCCGGGUAUCUACACCAGAGUUUUAAAUUUCAACACCUGGAUAAGAGAAACUAUGGCUGAAAAUGACUGAG